AGGACAGGAUGAAGCUCAUUCUUCUAACGUUUGUUCUGUAUCAUAUACGGCUGACAAGUGUUGAGGCACGAGAUGAUAAGCCUAUAGAACAUUGCUGUCUUCAGGUGUUCAACACCAGAGUACAAAUUGGAGACAUUUUGGAUUACGAUAUACAAAACAGCCCACCAUGUCCCAUCAGAGCUAUACAAUUCCACACCAAAAAAGGCAAAACAGUUUGUUGGGAUCCAGAUGAGAAAUGGGCUAAAAGGGCAUCGCAAGCAAUAGAUGUGAGAACGACAACCAAACCUACCAUAGGACCCCCUAAGUGCAUGACAAGUAUAUCCAGCCGCAUCCCAUCUACAGCAAUCAAAACACCAGGACCCGAGACUGUGACCAGCACAGAGCUGCCGGUUCAGGAUUAUAAACAAAACUUUAAAAGAAACUCGACUGAGAAAACAAAUAAAGAGCUUUUUACUACAAGAACUGAACCAAGGGAGCACACCAAACACCGUUCUCAAAUCACUGAGACAUUUCACAUGAAUGAGUUACAUAUGGUGGAUAAGAAACAGGAGCGCAGGUCAAAAAAUACACCAAUGAUAAUAAAUGACCUAAAUGAAAACAAAUAUACAUAUACAAAAAUCCACAACUUUUGUUUAAAGGAGCAAGAUAAAUACUCUAAGUUUUGUAUCAAACAACCCUAAAGCUCCUUCUGUUUUAAAAGUCUUAAGUAUUUUAGAUCAGGAGUUUUUAUUCCUGCUCUGACAUAUUUAAUCUCUAACCACAAUCAAACAGCUUUUUUUGUGGAGCUAAUGUCACGGUUCUGCCUAUCAUGUUUGGCUAAUUCUUUGUCUUGAGGCAGAACCAAAACAGAAUUCCCUGUUUUAUGUGGGGAGAGACGUUUUUGGCUUUCCAUACUGUCUCCCCGAGUCUCGUCUGUUCCCGCCCUUUCUGUCUCGUUAGCUUUCCCUUAGUGUUUGAUCUGUGUCACCUGGUCCCUACCAAUUAUCCUGUGUUUGUUCCCCUUGAAAUAGUCCUCAUGUUUCAUUGUCCUGUGCUGGUUCAUUGUGUGUGUUCGUUCUACCUUGACUGUUUGAGGUUGUGUACUACCUCGUCCGAAGAUUGUUUUGAAGAUACCUUGUAGGUGUUCCUGGUUCCUUGUGUCCUUGUAAGUGUUAGUCUAGUGUUUGUUUCUAGAGUUAUUGUUCUAGUUUAGUUAGUCUGUUUCCUUGUUAUUUUUAUAGUUUUCCCUGUAUUGUUUUCCCCAUCGUGGGUUUUGUUUUGUCUCUUUUGUAUGGUCUUGUUUUUUGUAAUAAAUAUCUGUUCAAAUUCA